CAUCACGAUCAGAUUAAACUGCUCGCAGUCCGACGACACUGGAAGUGUUUGGCGCACAAAAACAAAGUGCCUGCAAGUGCCACAAUUCAGUUGAUUUUCAACAUUCAGUGGUUUGAUUCGACAAGUAAAUAUUCUAGGAAACGCGAAAAAAUGUUAACCGAAAUACUUUUAUGCAUUUGUGCGGUGUUUUUUCUUUAUUUAUCCUACCGAUAUGCUGUUGGACGGCCAGAAGGAUUUCCGCCGGGUCCUCCGCGCAUACCGUUCUUUGGCAGUUAUCUAUUUAUGAUGUUGGCUAAUAAGAAAUACUUGCACAAAGGUGUUUUGAGAUUCACCAAAUGGUACAAGUCUGAUAUUGUGGGCUUUCACGUUGGUUCCUUUCCUGUGGUGGCGGUGCAUAAUUAUGAUGGCGUAAGAGAGGUUUUGAAUAGGCGAGAAUUUGAUGGACGUCCAGAAAUAUUUUUAGCAGCAAUGCGUGCGCCCGAGGAUGAAUUAUUGGGUGUUUUCUUCCGUGAGGGUCCUGUAUGGAAGGAGCAGCGGCGCUUCAUUUUACGCUAUCUUCGCGAUUUUGGUUUUGGUCGUCGCUUCGCUGAACUCGAAUUAGUCAUACAAGAAGAGAUAACCGAUCUGUUAGAUCUUAUACGAAAUGGUCCCCGCUAUGCGCAUGAACAAGAAUUAUCUAAACCCGGUGGUUACAGAGUUUGUGUGCCAAAUGUGCUUAGUCCGUUUACAUACAACUCCUUCUUUCAUAUUAUGAUGAAUGAGCGCCGACCACGUUCCGAUCAAGCCGAGGUAUUGCAAUUGAUUAAAAUGGGUAUGCAAUUUCAGCGUAACGGUGAUGAUUAUGGCAAAUUGCUAUCUGUAAUGCCAUGGAUACGCCAUGUAUUUCCUAAAUGGAGCGCUUAUAAUGUUUUGUCAGAGUCGAAUAAGUUCCUGUUUGAGUAUUUCGAAAAAAUUGUGGAUCAACAUAUUGCCACAUAUGACGAGUGUAGUGAGCGUAAUUUUCUCGAUUUAUAUAUUAAGCAAAUGAAGGAGGAGCAUGCGGAAGAUCACACGGAUAGUUAUUAUCGCACACAAUUCAUAAUGGGUUUAGUAGAUUUUGCUUUUCCUGCGUUUACAGCGCUUGGCGUACAGGCUACAUUUUUGAUACAAUAUCUUCUUCUUAACCCGGAAGUGAUGAAACGUAUACAAGCGGAAAUAGAUGAGGUUGUAGGUAGAGGACGAUUGCCUACGCUUGAAGAUAGAAAGAACUUACACUUUACUGAAGCUGCUGUUCGUGAGGGUUUGAGAAUUGAGACUUUGGUGCCAUCGGAUGUACCACACAAAGCAUUGGUAGAUACGGAACUUAUGGGCUAUAAUAUACCGAAAGAUACAAUUGUCGUGCCCAGUUUGUAUGCAUUUCAUGCUGAUGAACGCACCUGGGGUGAUCCACAAGUAUUUAGACCGGAACGCUUUCUUGAUGAAAACGGAAAACUGUCGUUGAAGCAGGAUGUGUCACUUCCUUUCGGCGCAGGAAAACGGCUAUGCGCGGGAGAAACCUUUGCGAGAAAUAUGCUGUUUCUUUUGACCGCAUCACUUUGUCAAAAUUUCAAUUUUAUUUUAGGUCCAGGCGAUUCGUUGCCAGAUUUGUCGAAAAAUAAUAACGGUUUAAUCAUUACCCCAUACGAUUUCUGGUUACAAUUGGAAGAAAGAAACUGAUUGAUUUAAAUUUGUUCACUAUGUACAUUUAGUUCUUCAUUGUAAAAUAUUAAUAAUGAUUAUAAAAUAAAAAGAUAAUAAAAAGAAAAGAUAAUCAAUUUUCAUUUGUCUGACAAUGAAUUAUGUGCAAAUUCGACAGCAACAACAACGACAGAGGUGACGACGAUUGUAAUUCCAUUGCAAAUUGGUUCACAAUAUUGUGAAUGUACUUGAUAAAAAUAAGAAGAAGACUUACAAAGCAAUCGCCAAGAGAAACGCUAAUUUACCGCGAAAAGUUUUUGAUAGUUUUGAUAUUCUUAAACAAUUGAACAUUUUCUACAAUGAGUAAGAAAAAUUUAACAACGAAAGCAUUGGCAAAGAAAUUAUCUGAAAAAGUGCGAGUUGUUCAAGCGGUUAGUGU